AUGUCCACUAAAAGACUGGAGGCGUUUGAGGUGGUGUGUGAGUGGGCUUCGUGCGGCUUCACGGGCUACACCAUGGAGGAUCUGAGUGUGCACAUGUCGCAGCAUCUACAGGACUAUGUGGGAGACAAGGAGGCAGCCGAGGAGCUAGAUGAGUAUGCUUGCUUGUGGGAUGGCUGUGAGUUUAUCUCCAUGGGCAGUCCGCAGGAAUUGAAGAUCCAUGCUUUCUUUCACAUAUACCACAGUAAGCUCAAACAUGCCGGGUCGCAACUUCUGAAGAAACGCCAUGACUUGCAGGGCUGCACUUUGAGCACGCACAGCAACAGCCUAGUUCCAGAAGGAUCUGAAGGUUUUGUUUGUCAAUGGGAGCACUGUGAUAGCUCUUUUAAUAAUCCUGAGUGGUUUUAUCGCCAUGUGGACAAUCACGUUGAAAGCUCUGAACCUCAAGCUCUCAAUGAACCUCAGAAACAACAAGCUCUGUUCUGCCACUGGACUGGCUGUGACGCGUUCUUUAAGAUCCGUUAUCGUCUGAGGGAACAUGUGCGCACCCACACACAAGAGAAGCUUGUUGCGUGUCCCACCUGUGGCAGCAUGUUCUCCAGCAACACCAAGUUGUUUGACCACCUCCACAGACAGGCUGCGCCAAUCGAGGCACUAGUGUGUGAACAUUGUGGAAAAGCUUUUUCUAACGAGAGGCUUCUAAGGGACCACGUCCGGCAACAUGUAAAUCAGGUGAAAUGUCCGCUCUGUGACAUGACCUGCACCACCCUCGCUGCUCUCAAAAUACACAUCAGGUUUCGUCACUGCGAUGAGCGGCCUUUUCCAUGCGACUUCUGUGACAAAAGAUUUAAAAACCAGCGGGAUCUGCAAAAGCACUCAGAGAUUCAUAACGAGGGCUCAGUGUAUCAGUGCACCGUGGAAGGCUGCGACUAUGCCUGCCAUACUUUUCAAACCAUGAACCACCACUUUAAAAGAAUCCAUGAGGCUGGUGGCAUGUCAAAGUAUAAAUGCCAUAUUUGUGAUAAGGUCUUCUCGUGGUGCUACACCCUCACGCUGCACUUGCGAAAGAAACACGAGCUCAAGUGGCCUUCUGGACAUUCUCGCUUCAGAUACAAAAAGGACAUUGAUGGAUUCCUCAAGGUGAACAUGGUGCGCUUUGAGACUGUGGAAGUGACAAAGGAGAUCAUGAAAAACAUGGCAAAAAAGCCUCCAAGCUCACGCAGAAGUCCAAGGGCCAGCACCAGGAAGUCCUCUGUCCCUGCAGAGAGCUCCCCUGCGGGCUCCUCCUCUCCAUCGUCCUGUUCCUCCUCGUACUCCUCACAGCUGUCGGGGGACGAGGACGCGUCCCCUCAGGCAGAAAGUCCCCGUCACUCACCCCUGUACUGUGUCAUGAGCACAGUCCCGCCGCUGCAUGAGGAUGCCGGUCAGCAGGAGGACGGCGGCACGUCUGGAGCUGUGAAGGCCCUCACGGAGGUGGCCCGCGGCCUGGGGAUGGAUGUGGUGUAG